CCAGAUGAAUGAUCUCUCCACUUUAGAUCGACACUCAAAGCCUCCAAAGAGAAUCUGAUACAACACAAGGGAGAGCUAUACCCUGAAAGCUAGCUGUUAAGGUGGGAGAACCCUUGGCUAUAUAAACCCAUCACCAAGUUCCCCAUUUAACCGGUGUGAGACAAUGAAAUCAGUCCGUAUCAUUCGACCCCCCAUAAGGCCCAACGUCCUCGUUGGUCAUAGCCACGUUGGUCACGGCUGCUUUCACCAGGCCCCCACUCCGUAGGCCACCACUCCGAGUUGGCUCUGAUACCAUUGAUGGUAUCACAGCAGUGCUGAUCCAAUGGAGACACGCAAACAAACUUUCGAACAGUUCCAGCAAAGCACUAAUGAAGCUCUCGAGAAACUCACUACCAUGUUCCACAAAUUGGUUACAGAUGUUCAAGCCAUAAGGGAGAGGGAUUCUGACAACUCUUCAGGUUCUAGCAAGAGCAUCUCAGUCCGGAAUGAAGGAAAACCCUACAUGAAACUCCACUUUCCCCGGUUUAGUGGCGAUGAUCCUACAGGAUGGAUAUAUCAGGCUGAACAAUAUUUUGAAUUUCAAAAUGUGGCAGAUGAAGAUCGCGUCACUCUAGCCUCCUUUCAUCUUGAUGGCAUCGCCUUACAGUGGCAUCGGUGGUUUUCAAAACCACGAGGACCGAUGACGUGGAAGGAAUUUACCACGGCUUUGCUGAGCCGCUUUGGCCCGACUGAUUAUGUUGACCCCUCAAAAUCCCUACAUCGGCUCAAACUGAUUACCACAGUUGAAGCUUAUAUUGAGGCCUUCGAACGGUUAUCACACCGCGUUGAUAACCUUCUGGAGUCUUUCUUACUUGGUUGUUUUAGUGGUGGGCCGAAGGAGGAGAUUCGUUUGGAGGUGAAACUCAAGAAGCCGCGCACUGUGGCAGAUGCAAUGGGGUUGUCCCGAUUGGUUGAGGAGAAACUGAGCUUGCAAAGGUGGGUCCCUCCUUCUACACGAGCUGCAAGUUUUAAUCCUCCAUCUAAAGCUCAGCCCACAGGUGGAAUUUUGGGCCCAGCACCAUCUCAAUGCCUUGCUCUACCUGCCCCAAGUUCGGUUCGUCGGGAGAAAGGGCUGUGUUAUUACUGUGAUGACCUCUACAGUCUAGGUCAUAAGUGCAACAAGCCACAACUAUUCAUGAUUAGUGAAGUCGAUGACACUGAAGAAGGUAAGAACAACGUGGACGAAGGUGAUGAUACCCCUCUCGAUGAGGUUCCCGCUGAGAUCUCUUUCCAUGCAAUUUCUGGCACCAUUCUGCCCCAAACUUUAAGAAUGCCUGUUAAGAUUCAUAAUAAAGAUGUGGUGGUGUUAGUUGAUGGGGGCAGCACCCACAAUUUCAUUGAGCAAUCUUUAGUGGAGAGAUUCGGUCUGGUGGUGGAUAAUGGGGUCAAGCUGGAAGUGGUGGUCGCAAACCAUGAAAAUUUAGCUUGUGUGGGUCGAGUAAGAGGACUUACCAUUGUUAUUCAGGGGUAUACAAUAACCACUGAUUUUUUGUCCUACCAAUUGCAGCUUGCCCAAUUGUCUUAGGUGUUCAGUGGUUGAAAACUUUAAGGCCGAUUGAGAUUGAUUUCCAGAACCUCACUCUGGGGUUUUGUCUUGCGGGUACAACGCAUAAGUUACAAGGGUU